AUUGCGGUUGAGUUUGCGGUUUGUGCUAAAUUUAAUCCGGAUUGUUCUAAACCGCUGUCCGCACGCAAAGCCGAUGGAUUACGCACAAUUGAUCCGGUUAUUUGACAUCGAAUUAAAUAGUGUUUGUAAAUGUUUGUUUUUAGUUCAUUUCGAUCCGAUAUACCAGGACCUAAUGGAUAUCACGCGUGCAAUCGAGUUAUUCCAGCUGUUUCGGCUACACCAAAAGUACCGCCAGUGGUCAUCACCCGAGCGGAGGUGGUGGGUACACCCAUUGCUGGAAAACCGAGAAAAUAUGGGAUUCUACAAAAUUAAUUUCGAGGUUAUGAGGCAACACCCGGAAAAAUUUGUACAGGCCACACGGAUGACCCCAGAAACUUUCGAUCAUUUGCUAGAUGUAAUCGUGGUUCGAUUGCAGAAAUAUUCUAUGAGAGCUUCGCUAAUUCCAUCGUUUAGGCUAUUUUUCACACUCGUGUAUCUAGCUCAUGGUCCAAGCAUACCGUUCAUGAGUUGGAGCUUCAAAAUAGGAGAAUCCACUGCUAGGUCCAUUGUUUACGAGGUGUGCAGAGUCCUCUGGGACACAUUAAAGGACGAGUUCUUGCCGCAAUUGACUGUUGACAAUUGGCUGCAGAUAGCGGACGGUUUUUCCCAGUUGUGGGAUUUUCCAAAUUGCUGUGGCGCAGUUGACGGCAAGCACGUCAAUAUUCAAUGCCCUCCUAACAUCCAACUUGUUGCUAGCAAAUCGGUUAAGGAUAAAUAUGUGCUCGAAAAAUACGCUAUAAGCAGUUGGAAUCAGGUAACCAACUAA